AUGACGCCGACGGUGCUGGUGCACAGCAGGGCAGGAGGGGGGACGCUCUUGCCCAGCAGCGACAUCGUUCAGAAAGAAACCAUUUCUCCUGGGAACGGCUGCCCCAUCUAUAGACCUGAAAUUAUCAGCACGGCUCCCUCCUCCUGGAUCGUUCCCGGUCCCAGCCCUGGCGAGGAGAGCGGGAAGGGCGUCCAGCUGAAAAACAAGGCGCUAGACUGGGUGGUCCCGCAGCAGCGGAGCUCCUCCUGCCCCAGGAUGGGUGGCACGGAGGCGGUUGUCAGCAGCGUUUCGGGGACGGUGUCGACAGGAGGGCGGCCGGCAUCAGCAUCACCAGCUCCCAACGCCAAUGUGGAUUGCGCCAAGACAUCCAGGAGCUCCGCGGAGAGUACCGCCUCGGUCAUCCAGCAUGUCGGGCAGCCCGUCGCCACCCCUGCGAAACACAGCAAUAAGGUGGCCAAAUCCUGCAGCCAGGAAGCCAACUUCAAGGCGACUGAGACCGCCCUGGCCUCCAGUCCCAUCUUCCUGCCGCCCAGUGAGGCAUUUCGCUCCCCGCCUCUGACCUACCCCAGGAGUUAUCUCCCAUACCCGGUGCCGGAGGGAAUAGCCAUCAGCCCUCUCUCCCUUCAUGGGAAAGGACAUGUGUAUCCGCACCCUGUCUUGUUGCCCAACGGCAGCCUCUACCCCGGACACCUGGCUCCUAAACCCGGCCUCCCCUACAGCCUGUCGGCGGGGCGAGGGGAGUUCAUGACCUACCAGGACGCGUUGGGGAUGGGGAUGGUGCACCCCAUGCUGCUGCAGCAUUCGGCUUUGGAGAUCAAUAAGGAGGAGAAGCCAGAAAGGAGGUCACGGUCUCAUGAGAGGGUCCGCUAUGAGGACCCGGCUCUGCGGGGCCGAUUGCCGGAGCUCCUGGAGAGCAGUGGGAAGAUGCAUUUCGAAGUACCCAGCGACAAGAGCGUGAAAUUGCACCAGAGCUCUGGCCACAGUAAAAACUCAGCCAAAAGUGACAAACAUCUCUUCCCAGAUCUUCUGCGAGAUGAGCAAGAGGCUAAAAGUGAAGCAAACGUAACGAAAGCCAGCUUUGCUACGGAAAGCAGUAAUCAGGCUAAUGACCCUACAAAGCACAAGGUAGAGCAGGCAUCACAGCACAGAGAUUUUAUUGUAAUGAGAGAGGAGUUUGGAAGAAAUAAUGAUCUUCACGAAGGCUAUAAUUUCAAGCAAGCCCAGAGUUCAUCGGUGUUCGGCUUAAGGAAAGAAGAUUUAUCUGUGAGCCAGCCUAAAGAGAGGGUGACAGUCCAGCCUUCGCCCACUUUUUUGGAAAGCACUCAUGAGAGUGAUGCUCCGGCUCUGGCUUUUGGCAAGGUGCAGGAGGAUGCAAAGCCGUUCUGCAUGGGGACCGCACCGCCAAGCAUCGAUGCCAGCCAGACCUAUACCAAAGACGGAGCCGACGACACGGAGUCUGCCGAUGGCAAAAUCCUGAAACCCAAGCCGUCUAAGUUGGCCAAGAGGAUCGCAAACUCUGCUGGUUACGUAGGUGAUCGAUUCAAGUGUGUGACAACCGAACUGUACGCAGACUCCAGCCAGCUCAGCCGGGAGCAGCGGGCGUUGCAGAUGGAAGGAUUACAAGAGGACAGUAUUUUAUGUCUACCUGCUGCUUACUGUGAGCGUGCAAUGAUGCGCUUCUCAGAGUUGGAGAUGAAAGAGAGAGAAGGCCAAACAGCUACCAAAGACUCGGAGGUCUGCAGAUUCAGCCAGGCAGACUGGGAAAACUUGAAAGGAAACAGUGAAAAGAAGCCAAAGUCUGUCGCUCUGGAAGAUGCCAUUGCUGACCAAAAUGACAAUGACAGAUGUAACUUUACUAGUACAGAAAACAACCAAGGUCACUUUCUUGAAACUCCAGAGGAAAAAGAUCUCUCAAAUGAGAAAUGUUAUUUAGAGAGACAUUCUAUAUAUGAAAAAGCAGAAGAUCAGCCAACAGAAGAUAUUGGCCAACAUCCAUGUCCACGUCUGGACAGGAAGCGUAAGCACUCUGGUGAGAGAGUGCAAAAUGAUGGCAGCCAAAAUGAAAACUUUGUGGAGGAACUGCAGGAUGAACUUAUAUCAAAAGCAAAAAAGAAGAAGAACUCCAAAG